AUGUCUGUGCACAGAGAAAAGGUCGAGCUCUCCUCGUUGCCUCAUACGUUUGACGGCCCAGUGCCAUUGGCUAUCAUUGGCGGUACAGGUCUCUACGACUUGCCCAACCUCAAGCCUAUCGCAAGACUCACCGUGUCAACACCAUGGGGAUUCCCAUCUGCUCCAAUUACCAUCUCGCAGACGGAGAAGGGUGACCAUGUGGCGUUCUUGGCUCGUCACGGCUCCCACCACGACUUGUUGCCAUCAGACGUUCCUUCCAGAGCCAACAUCGCUGCUUUGAAGAAAAUCGGUGUCAAGGCGAUUAUUGCCUUCUCUGCCGUGGGCUCUUUGCAGCAGGAGAUCAAACCAAGAGACUUUGUGGUGCCCACUCAAAUCAUUGACAGAACCAAGGGUAUUCGCCCAGCCACGUUCUUCGAAAAGGGCUUUGUAGCUCACGCCAUGUUCGGCGAGCCUUUCGACUUGAAGCUCAACAAGAUCGUCACCGACGCUAUUCCCCUGCUGGGCUUCUUGGAAGGUUUCGACACUGGCGCCACUCCCGUGCUCCACAGCAAGGAACACACCAACAAGGGCGAGGACUUGACGGUAGUUUGCAUGGAAGGCCCACAGUUCAGUACCAGAGCCGAAUCUAGAAUCUACCGUAGCUGGGGUGGCUCUGUGAUCAACAUGUCUGUGUUGCCUGAGGCCAAGUUGGCUCGUGAGGCUGAGAUUGCCUACCAGAUGAUCUGCAUGUCGACUGACUACGACUCGUGGAACGAGAGUGAGGAGCCUGUUACAGUGGAGACGGUUGUAGGCAACUUGAAGGCCAACUCAGCCAACGCCACCCGUGUUGCUGCCACCUUGGUUGAUGUGAUUUCCGAGGAAUUGAGAACCGGUGCCGCCGGUUUGAGCAAGGACCUCGAGGGCACUAUGAAGUAUGCCGUGAGCACCAGCCCACAUGGUGUGAAGAAAGAGUUGCUUGAGAAGAUGCACUACUUGUUCCCAGGCUACUGGCCUUUGAAUUAG